AUGAGUGUCGACAAUCACCGCGUUGAACGUGAUACCUUUGGUGAACUACAAGUCCCUGCAGAUCGCUAUUGGGGUGCCCAGACACAAAGGUCUCUUCAGAACUUUGAUAUUGGAGGACCUGGUGAACGAAUGCCUGCGCCAUUGAUACAAGCUUUUGGUAUACUUAAGAAGGCUGCUGCCACCGUCAACAUGACCUAUGGUUUGGACCCAGAGAUUGGCGAAGCUAUCCAAAAAGCUGCUGAUGAGGUGAUCAGUGGUAAGUUGAUGGAUCACUUUCCACUCGUUGUGUGGCAAACAGGUUCGGGAACCCAAACAAAUAUGAAUGUGAAUGAAGUCAUCUCAAACCGUGCUAUUGAGUUGUUGGGUGGUGAACUCGGCAGCAAGAAGCCUGUCCAUCCAAAUGAUCACGUCAACAUGAGCCAGUCAUCCAAUGAUACAUUUCCGACUGCCAUGCACAUUGCUGCUGUCAUGGAGAUCAGCAAUCGGUUGCUACCCGCUUUGACGUCUUUACGUUUUGCUUUGCAGGCCAAAUCCGAAGAGUUUAGCCACAUUAUAAAGAUUGGACGCACCCAUCUUCAAGAUGCUACUCCCCUUACACUUGGCCAAGAGUUUUCAGGAUACGUUCAACAACUCACAUACGCCAUUCAACGUGUCGAAAGUGCACUUCCUCGACUAUACAAUCUCGCUAUUGGUGGCAGUGCUGUUGGUACAGGGUUGAAUACAAGAAAAGAAUAUGAUGUCAAGGUUGCAGCUGCCAUUGCAGAUAUCACUGGGCUUCCUUUCCAAACAGCUCCCAACAAGUUUGAAGGAUUGGCUACCCAUGACGCUGUUGUCGAAGCACAUGGCCAACUGAAUACUGUAGCUGUCUCGCUUCACAAAAUUGCCAAUGACAUCCGUUUCCUUGGUUCGGGUCCUCGAUGUGGACUUGGUGAACUUGCUCUUCCUGAAAAUGAACCUGGAUCAUCCAUCAUGCCUGGCAAGGUCAACCCUACCCAAUGCGAAGCUAUGACGAUGGUGUGUGCGCAAGUCAUGGGCAACCAAACUGCUGUCAGCUUUGCAGGAGCAAAUGGUCAAUUUGAAUUGAACGUUUUUAAGCCUGUGAUGAUCAAGAACCUAUUACAAUCGGUGCGUUUGCUUGGAGAUGCUUGCAAUUCUUUCACCAAGAACUGUGUCGUGGGAAUCCGAGCCAACGAGGAUAAGAUCAAGAGUAUUAUGAAUGAGUCUUUGAUGUUGGUCACAGCUCUCAAUCCCCAUAUCGGUUAUGAUAAUGCAGCCAAGUGUGCAAAGAAAGCCCAUAAGGAAGGUACGACUUUGAAGGAAGCAGCGAUCACUCUCGGUGUCCUUUCUGAAGAACAAUUCAACGAUUGGGUGCGUCCUGAUCAAAUGCUUGGACCAACAUAA